UACGUUUUAUACAGGUAUAGGUUAUAAUAAUAUAGUUUGUUGUUUUCAGUUUAAGCCCUUACAAAAAUGAAAUUUCGGGGGGUAAUGACGGAUGCAAUAGCAAUGAAAGAUUUUAUGAAUGUAGCAGUUGCUGUUUCUAAAUUGGCUAAAGAAUGUGUAAUGAGAAUAACAAAAAGAAAAGUUUAUUUUAUAAUAUCAGAAGAAGAUGCUGGUCCUCGUAGACCUUUGGUUUGGUGUGAACUACCUGUUAAUUUCUAUUUCAGUGAAUAUAUUUUAGAAGGUGUUAAUGAAGACUACAAUGAAAUCUAUCUGUCUUUUGCAACAGGUAUGUUGUCUCGUUCCCUUUCAACUCUCAAGCAGAAUCCGAAGUCCCUUAAAGUAAAAUUAACAAACAAACAAACACCCUGUCUUACACUAGAAAUAGAACUGAUUUCUGGAGAAGGAAUACAAAAUAGACAAUGUGUCCAUGAUAUUCCUGUAGAAACUAUUUCAAGAAAACACUGGAAAGAUUAUGAAGAGCCACAUUUUAAUGAUUUUCAUGUUACUCUGCAGAUGCCACAUUUAAAACCAAUUAAGAAUAUUGUUGAACGUAUGAAAAAUAUAAGCAAUGCACUUACAGUUUCAGCAACAAAAGAUGGGAGAUUAACACUAGCAAUCCAAGAAACAACAGUAAAUAUGUCUGCACAUUUCCCUGACUUAAGUGUUGAAUCCUUUGCAGGCAAUAUCCAUGGGUUUACAAAAACUGUUACUGAUGAAGAUAACUUAGAAAUUGUAAGUGCAACAAUAGACAUUAAAAAAUUUCUAAUGUUUAUAACUGGAAUGCACAUAAAUAAUAACUGUACGACAAUAUGUAGCAUAGUACAAGAAAAAAUGGUAAAACUCUUUCUGGAACAACCGGGUUCUCUUUCCUUACAGUGUUUCCUAACUCAACUAAUCAUAUGAGUUAAUUAAAUACUGUUUAAUUAAUAUUUUUGUAUGCUAAUGUUAAUACAAUCUCAAUCAACUGUAAUGCAUCUUUUUGUUUAAUUUGAUUAUUUGAAGAAUAAAGUAACUUUAUAAUUUA